GAGACAGUAUGAAGCUGAAGAAGCAGGUGACAGUGUGCGGGGCUGCUAUCUUCUGUGUAGCAGUCUUCUCACUCUACCUCAUGCUGGACCGAGUGCAGCAUGAUCCUGCCAGGCACCAGAAUGGUGGGAACUUUCCCAGAAGCCAAAUUUCGGUGCUGCAGAACCGUAUUGAACAGCUGGAGCAGCUGUUGGAGGAAAACCAUGAGAUCAUCAGCCACAUCAAGGACUCAGUGCUGGAGUUGACAGCCAACGCAGAGGGCCCGCCAGCCCUGCUGCCCUACCAUACAGCCAAUGGUUCCUGGGCUGUGCUUCCAGAGCCUCGUCCCAGCUUCUUCUCCAUCUCCCCCCAGGACUGCCAGUUUGCUUUGGGGGUUCGGGGCCAGAAGCCAGAGCUACAGAUGUUAACUGUGUCUGAGGACUUGCCAUUUGACAACGUGGAGGGCGGUGUGUGGAGGCAAGGCUUUGACAUCACCUACAGUCCAAACGACUGGGAUACUGAAGACCUGCAGGUGUUUGUGGUACCUCACUCUCACAAUGAUCCAGGCUGGAUCAAAACCUUUGACAAGUACUACAUGGAACAGACCCAACACAUUCUCAACAGCAUGGUGUCUAAGCUGCAGGAAGACCCCCAGCGGCGCUUCCUCUGGGCAGAAGUCUCUUUCUUUGCCAAGUGGUGGGGCAACAUUGAUGCCCAAAAGAGAUCAGCAGUACGAAGGCUGGUAGGAAAUGGGCAGUUGGAGAUUGCAACAGGGGGCUGGGUGAUGCCGGAUGAGGCCAAUUCCCACUACUUUGCAUUGAUCGACCAGCUCAUUGAGGGACACCAGUGGCUGGAGAGAAACCUGGGUGCAACUCCACGCUCAGGCUGGGCAGUGGACCCCUUUGGACAUAGUUCCACCAUGCCUUACCUGCUGCGCCGUGCCAACUUGACCAGCAUGCUGAUUCAGAGGGUGCAUUAUGCCAUCAAGAAGCACUUUGCUGCCACCCGCAGCCUAGAGUUCAUGUGGAGGCAGACGUGGGAUACGGACUCCAGCACAGACAUCUUUUGCCACAUGAUGCCCUUCUACAGCUACGAUGUUCCACACACCUGUGGCCCUGAUCCCAAGAUCUGUUGCCAGUUUGAUUUCAAACGCCUGCCUGGUGGGCGCAUCAACUGCCCUUGGAAGGUGCCCCCCCAGGCCAUCACAGAGGCCAACGUGGCAGACAGGGCAGCCCUACUCCUGGACCAGUACCGGAAGAAGUCCCGGUUGUUCCGAAGCAAUGUCCUCCUGGUGCCCCUGGGUGAUGACUUCCGAUAUGACAAGCCCCAGGAGUGGGAUGCCCAGUUCUUCAACUACCAGCGGCUCUUUGACUUCCUCAACAGCAAGCCUGAACUCCAUGUGCAGGCCCAGUUUGGAACCCUCUCUGAGUAUUUUGAUGCUCUGUAUAAGAGAACAGGAGUGGAACCUGGUGCCCAGCCUCUGGGGUUUCCUGUGCUGAGCGGGGAUUUCUUCUCCUAUGCGGAUCGGGAGGACCAUUACUGGACAGGCUAUUAUACUUCCCGGCCUUUCUAUAAGAGUUUCGACCGAGUUCUAGAAGCCCACCUGCGUGGGGCAGAAGUUCUAUACAGCCUGGCUGUGGCUCAUGCCCGCCGCUCUGGACUGGCUGGUCAGUACCCACUGUCUGAUUUUGCCCUUCUGAUGGAAGCUCGGCGCACCCUGGGGCUUUUUCAGCACCAUGAUGCCAUCACCGGAACUGCCAAGGAGGCAGUUGUAGUGGACUAUGGGGUCAGGCUGCUACGUUCUCUGGUCAGCCUGAAGCAGGUCAUCAUCAAUGCUGCUCACUAUCUGGUGCUGGGGAACAAGGAGACCUACCACUUUGACCCUCAGGCACCCUUUCUCCAAAUGGAUGACAGCCGCUUAAGUCAUGAUUCCCUGCCAGAGCGCACAGUGAUCCAGCUGGAUUCCUCACCCAGGUUUGUGGUGCUAUUUAACCCACUGGAACAAGAGCGGCUCAGUGUGGUAUCCGUGCUGGUCAACUCGCCACAGGUGCAUGUCCUUUCAGAGGAGGGUCAGCCCCUGUCUGUUCAGAUCAGUGCACACUGGAGCUCUGCCACUGACAUGGUCCCUGAUGUUUACCAGGUGUCUAUACCCAUCCGCCUACCAGCCCUGGGCCUGGGUGUGCUGCAGCUACAGCAAGGCCUGGAUGGACCCUACACACUACCCUCCUCUGUUCGCAUCUACCCAAAUGGCCUGAAACCGUCCAUUAGCAGGCACACAGUGUUCCCUGUCCGUAUCAUGGACUCUAGCACCAGCGACUUUGCCAUCAGCAACCACUACAUGCAGGUCUGGUUCUCCGGCCGUACUGGGCUCCUCAAGAGCAUCCGAAGGGUGGAUGAGGAGCAAGAACAACAGGUGGACAUGAGGUUCCUCAUCUAUGGCACCCGCAUGUCCAAAGAUAAGAGUGGCGCUUACCUCUUCCUGCCUGAUGGAAAGGCCAAGCCCUAUGUUCCCAAGAAACCACCUGUGCUGCGUGUCACCGAAGGUCCUUUUUUCUCAGAGGUGGUUGCAUAUUAUGAGCACUUUCACCAAGUAGUCCGGCUUUAUAACCUGCCAGGGGUAGAGGGACUGUCUCUGGACAUGUCAUUCCUGGUGGACAUCCGGGACUACGUGAAUAAAGAGCUGGCCCUCCGCAUCCACACGGACAUCGAUAGCCAAGCCACCUUCUUUACAGACCUCAAUGGCUUUCAGGUGCAGCCCCGGCGAUAUCUAAAGAAACUGCCCCUGCAAGCCAACUUCUACCCCAUGCCAGUCAUGGCCUACAUCCAAGACACGCAGAAGCGUCUCACGCUACACACUGCUCAGGCUCUGGGUGUCUCCAGCCUCAGUGAUGGCCAGCUGGAAGUGAUCCUGGACCGACGGCUAAUGCAGGAUGACAACCGGGGUCUAGGCCAAGGGCUCAAGGACAACAAGAUCACCUGCAACCGCUUCCGCCUCCUGUUAGAACGGCGAACCAUGGGCAGUGAGGUUCAAGAUGACCACUCUACCAGCUACCCGUCCCUCCUCAGCCACCUGACCUCCAUGUACCUCAACACACCUCUACUAGCUCUACCGGUGGCCACGAGGCAGCUCCCAGGCCCUGCUUUGCGCUCCUUUCACCCCCUGGCUUCUACUCUGCCCUGUGACUUCCACCUGGUCAACCUACGCACGCUCUCAGCCGAGGAGGACAACAUGCCCUCAGCUGAUGCCGCACUCAUCUUACACCGCAAAGGUUUUGACUGUGGUCUUGAAGCCAAGAACUUGGGCUUUAACUGCACCACAAGCCAAGGCAAGGUGUCCCUCGGGAGCCUCUUUUACCACCUGGAUGUGGGAUUCCUACAGCCAACCUCCUUGACUUUGCUGUACCCUUUGGCCUCUCCCUCCAAUAGCACUGACAUCUAUUUGGAUCCCAUGGAGAUUGCCACAUUUCGCCUCCGUUUGGGUUAGAUUAAGGCGUCUUGUGGCCUGAAGAGAAAGUUCAUCCAUGGAGACUUAACACCAAGAUUGGGUUGGCAAGCCACACUAGGUAUCCUGUCCUGAUUACCUCUCAGAACUGUAACAGACUGGGCUCUACCCUCAUUUUGUUUAUUGCUGCUUCUGUGAUUGGGACAACCCAUAUAUCCAGUGGUGGGCAGGUAGGGCAGACGCCAGUGAGACAAAGGAGAGGAGGCUCUUGAUGAGGGUGGGUGAUGCCAGACUUUCCUUUGGGUUGUAAGUGAGAGCUCAGCCAGGCACAGGCUCAAGCUCCAAUCCUUUUCCCAAAAUGGGAUGUAGGAGGAGUUGGGGCAAACAGAAGUGGUCAGGGAAGCUGAGGGUAAUAGCCCAGUGUCGCAUGACUGCAGGCAGGAGCUAGCUCUAGGGGAAUCCUGUGGUGAUGUAGAGCCCACGUGUCCUGUCAUGAGGCACAGGAGCAGAAUGAUUCUAGGAGGAGCAAGAUAGGGACCCACUGUUAGCAGCGGGGGAGAAGAGUGAAGGAAUCCCCUUUUCCUAAGACCCUGCAGGCUUUUUCUGUAAUGGCUCCACUCCAAAUGCCACUGGGCUUGCAUGCCCUGUCUAGGGGCUUCAGGGUGGCAGGAAGGACUUGUGUGACACUAUCAGGGCCAAAGGUCACAGAGCACUUCAGAUUUCCAGAUCAUUCUAAACUGGUCAUUUGGUGGUGUAUGGAUUUGUGGCCGGGGUAGAGGGUGUUUUCUACCCUACCUGCUUUGUUCCUUUAUUUCACACACCACUCUUCCCAUGAGCUCCUAUCAUGGGUAGGUGUAUCCUGGCAAACUUCCUUUCCCUAGAAAGAAAACAGAGCCUCCGAGACCUCUGUGCCUGGGCAGCUUGGGAAGACAUUCAGUGCUAGUCCAGUAUUCAGACUAAGAAGCUUCAUCUUCAGUCUGUCAACAGAAGUUUUCCCUUCCUGGCAUGUGAGACAAGGAAGAUGGAAACUAAAUUAGGAGGCAGUAUGUGGCCGUCAGCCUCAUUUUGGCUUCAAUUAAUAGAGAAUGUGUCUCUACAGAUGAUGAAGAGAUAUUUUAAAAAUUAAGCACCAUCCCUUAUUAAAACUUAGUAAGCAAAUAUUAGAAAAAAACCCAUAAUGUAGAUAAAGGUCUUUAUCAUUGAUAAUUAAAGGCACCCUAAGGAAUCAGACAGCACAGGCAUUCUCAGGAGAGUCAGAAACUAGCCAGGGGCAUGCUAUUAUUUAGCAAUGUCCUGGUAUCACCAGCCCCUAUGAUAAGGCAGAGGAAGGAGACAAGGAAGAAUUGGAAUUCUCACUGUAAACCAUAAACUGCCUACCUGUAAAAUCUGUCAACUGGAAACCCAGCAAGGCAUGCUGUGAGUUGCCCCAGUAACUACACUUUCCUGUAAAGACUGGUUCUUCCUGGAUCAGCCCAUAAAUUCCAGCAAGAUUGGAUACUUUUUAGAAUUCAGCAGGUUCUGAAGUUGGUUUGGAAGAGUGCAGGCAUGAGAAUACUAGAUGGUUCUGAAAGGCAAUGGUAAUGUGUGGCUGGUGGUGCCAAGGUGGGCAAAAGCCAUUUGUCCUACGAGAUUUCCCAAAUGACUAGGACUGUCCUGCCACCAUGAAUUCAGUCAGUGUGACUAAUCCGGUCAGACAGACUGAUGGGGAAACAGAGUUCAGACAGACCCAGGUAUGCAGAAAUUGAAUAUAUGGUACAAAGGAGUAUUUAAAGUGUUGGGGUUAGAUGGAUUAUUUAAUAAAUAGAACUUUGAGACAACUAGCUGUUAGAUCUCUACCUCAGUUUCUGCAAAAACUAGGUCUAGAAGGAAAAAAAGCAAAAUUAAAUGACAAAAUUAUUCAAAAAAAUAUAUUUUUAUACCUCUGAUGUGGGAAAGUCUUUUCUAAACAUAACAUGAAACCUAAAAGAUGUAAUAGGGAAAAGAUAAACAGGUUUUUGCCACAAAAAAUAUUAAAAAUGUGCUCUGGGAAACAUCAAGGUUAAAACACAGAUGUGAGAUGGGGAGAAAAUGUUUGCAGAAAGUAUAGCCACUUGGGUGAAAAACUUGCUUUGAGUCCUCAGAGAACAUCUGCCAAGCAUACAUGAAGAUUCCAUAGUGACAGGGCUGAGUUCCUGUAGGUCCUUCAGAGCCUGUGCAGCCAGCGUCAGGCCACAGCUCGUGGAAUCCUUUUAAUGUCAUGGUGGGAGAAAUAAGUUGAUCAUGUGAAGGGAGCACUUAGCACAGAGCCUAGGCCAUAGAGGGGCCUCCAAAGUAUGAGCUAUUACCAUGUUAGUAAAGGAUGCAAUGCGAAGCUACUCUAUUACAGCAGGUGUCAUUUGCUAGUAUAUGGAUUAUAAUCAAAUGAUAGGGGAGCAUCUGUGAACCCCUAGGAAAUUAGCAGAAUAAAAGAUAUUCUUUGGAGGCCUUA